UACUCCGGCUGGGUGGGUGCAAGCAGGGGUGAGGCUAGCGCAGCCCUAGGCACAUCCGCGUGCUCCGGUGAGCGUCUCCCGCUGAACCCUCGCUCGUUCCUAGCGGAGAGAGACAAUGGACUUGGAGAGCAAAGUGAAAAAGAUGGGCUUAGGUCAUGAACAAGGAUUUGGUGCCCCGUGCUUAAAAUGCAAGGAUAAAUGUGAAGGAUUUGAACUACACUUCUGGAGAAAAAUAUGUCGAAACUGCAAAUGUGGCCAGGAAGAACAUGAUGUCCUCACAAGCAACGAGGAAGAUCGAAAAGUGGGGAAGCUCUUUGAAGAUACAAAAUACACGACCCUUAUUGCAAAGCUGAAAACUGAUGGAAUUCCCAUGUAUAAACGCAACGUAAUGAUACUAACUAAUCCGGUGUCUGCCAAGAAGAAUAUAUCCAUCAAUACUGUGACAUAUGAAUGGGCUCCUCCUGUUCAGAAUCAGACACUGGCUAGACAGUAUAUGCAGAUGCUUCCAAAGGAGAAGCAGCCUGUGGCUGGCUCAGAAGGUGCUCAGUACAGGAAGAAACAGUUGGCUAAGCAGCUGCCUGCUCAUGAUCAGGAUCCUUCAAAAUGCCAUGAGUUAUCUCCUAAUGAGGUGAAGCAGAUGGAACAGUUUGUGAAGAAAUACAAGAAUGAGGCACUUGGUGUUGGAGAUGUCAAGUUCCCUAGUGAGGUGGAAGCUAAAACCACUGACAAGAAUAAUGCAAAUAAUGGUGACAGAAGCACCUCAGCAGCUGUAGGAGCAAUGGAGGACAAGUCAUCAGGUCAAAAAGGAUCCCAGUAUAUAGAUAAUUGGAGAACAGCCAUGAGUGGCCCAGCAGCACAGGAGUGUAGGCUUAACACACAGAUUUCUGAAUCCUGCUACCGCUGCAAAUUAAACAUGAAAGAAGGCGAUCCAGCUGUUUAUGCUGAGCGUGCUGGAUAUGACAAACUGUGGCACCCCGCUUGCUUUGUCUGCUGCACCUGUAGUGAACUUCUAGUGGACAUGAUCUACUUCUGGAAGAAUGGAAACCUAUAUUGUGGAAGACAUUACUGUGACAGUGAGAAACCCCGAUGUGCUGGAUGUGAUGAGCUGAUAUUCAGCAAUGAAUAUACCCAGGCAGAGGGUCAAAACUGGCACCUGAAACACUUUUGCUGCUUUGAUUGUGACUGCAUCUUGGCUGGGGAAAUCUAUGUCAUGGUAAAUGACAAGCCUGUCUGCAAACCAUGCUACGUGAAGAACCAUGCUGUGGUCUGCCAAGGCUGCCAUAAUGCUAUUGAUCCAGAAGUUCAGCGUGUAACCUACAACAACUUCAACUGGCAUGCCACAACAGAGUGCUUCCUGUGUUCCUGUUGUAGCAAGAGUCUAAUUGGCCAGAAAUUCAUGCCGAUAGAAGGAAUGGUCUUCUGCUCAGUAGAAUGUAAGAAAAAAAUGAUGUCUUAAGAGGGGGGAUAUGUACAUGAAACUAAGUAUCCCCGUGUUUCAGAGUCAUUGCAUUUCUACUGUAAGAUGCAAUAGCUGAGCAUUUAAAAAUUGGCAUAUUCCCAAAGACUCUGAAUGAAUAACCAAGAAACUUGCUCUGUAACUUACUUUCUUUAACUAUGAGUAAACUUUUGUGAAAGUUUCAUAUUUCUCUAUUCUUUAUGGUAUUGCUUUUGAGCACUUAAUACUAACUUUUUCAUAUCCCAGAUAUGUAGAAAAAUAUGAUGUGAGCUACAUACCUUAAGAGCUGUCUUCACCAAGAAGACUUUCCUUUAUCCUUCUCUUGUAAAAUGUAGGAUAGAAAACAAGCUUAGAACUAACAGAGCAUAUUUCCUGGGUGUUGCUCUUUAUGUAAGUGAAUCAUACAGGUUUCUCACUCCAGUUAGGGCAGUAAAUUAAAUUUAACGGUUUUAAAAGCAUUCCAGCUUUCAUCAAGCACUUUGCUAAAGCCACACAUUUUGUCUAAAACAAAAAUGCACCCAGAUUUAUAGAAUAACUCAAUAAAAGCGGAAUGCAAUCUGUCACUUAAUCUUCUUAAUUUACUCUCCCUGAAAACAACUUAACUUUUUAGUAGGUGUACAUGAAAACUAAAGAAAACUGUUGUCAAGCUGGAAUAUAUGAGUGAGGAUUCAUUCUUCUAGUUGAACAAGAUUAGGCCAGUCUGAUUUUUGAGCAUAUCCUUUCUCCUCCUCUGUAAAGAAUUUUAAACUGGCUUUUCCAGUAUUUGUGAAUGCCCUUUUCCUAACUUGUACAGUUUAUCAAGGGGCAUGGCACACAAUAACACCCAUUUUAUUCUGAGAAUCUGGCAUUCUACGAAAGGUGAAGGACUUUACAUUUUGAAUGAUCUGAAUUUUUAUCCAGAAGUUAGUGGCAUAUGUUGUAAAUUCUUAGCAGCAGCAGAAACAAAUGGAUAGUUUUCUCACAAGACCCUUUCAGUAUUUGUAUUUGAACAAAAACUUUACAGCUGCAUACUAACUUUACUUACUCUAGAACUCAAAAUGGAUUAAAUAUUGUGAUUAUUUUGUAGACAGAUCUGAUGGGGGGGCUGAAAUAUACAUUUGUUUACUUUCUAAGAAUAAGUUCUAUGCUGAAAUGUCUUAAUCUGUGUAAUACAGGUGCCAAACAUGAAUGAAAGAGAUGUUGGUCUUGUAAAAAACUAUGCAAAUUUUCGAAUUCAUCUCUUUAAGAAUUACAUGUCAUGUAUGUACCUUAAUGCUCACAAAUAAAAAAGCUUUGCUCAA